AUGGCAUCUUCACAAGAAUACACCGAUGAACAGCUGAACUAUUACAGAAUUUGUUAUCUAACUACUGAUCUACUAGCGCAGGGUCUGAGAGAAAUAUUUAAACAAGAAUGGGACAAACUGUACAAAACAACAAAAGGAGAAUGGAAAGACGAGCCUCGUAAUGGAAUGGACUUUUAUAAAGGAGAGUCUUCUCGAAAUAAAAAAAAAAACGCUCAUCUUUUGGCAACUAUGAAAAACGGAAACAGAGGGGAAUGGGAUUGUACAAUGCUGUUUUACGCUAUCCUUUUCUCUGAUUGCGUCGGGCCACGUCUUAGCGCAAUAGUCAGUAAGAAUGUGGAUGAUCUAAGAAAGUUCAGGAACAAAGAAUUCGCUCACAUGUCACAAGGUAGUCUCUCUGAGAUAGAUUUUCACAAUGCUAUAAGCAAAGUUGAUGUUGCUUUUCAAGCGCUUAGUCUUCCCACUGUAACUAUUCAAGACCUAAAAUAUCAGAAAACGUUUCAAACAAAAGUUUUAACAAAGGUCCUCUCAGAAGUUGAUAAUCUAAAACAAGAAGUUCAAGAAAAAGAGAGUCAGCGCCAGGUCCUUGCAAAUCAGCUCCAAAACGAAGCACCCUCAUUCUGUGUUCUCCCUCCUAAACCUUCGCAUGAAAUCGGUGGUCGUGAAAGGGAAGUAGCCAAAAUAGUCCAACAGCUGAGGGACCUAAAUGAGUCCAGUGACAACAGGUUGACUUAUCUAUACAUCUCAGGGAAUCCUGGAAGCGGCAAAUCACAGCUAGCUGGCCUUGUAGCUGAGAGGUUCUUUGACGACCGCAAAGAAAUGCCAGGUGGGCCUUCAUUUGUAAUGACCUUAAAUGCUGCAAGUCUAGAUUCACUUCUGGAGUCGUAUGCCUCAUUUGCUCGCCAUUUAAAGUGCCCAGAUUAUUCAAUUGUGGAAACCCUCAGCUCAAAGGACUCGACUGUCGACGAAAAGAUCAAUAGUCUUAAGAUGCUUGUCGCUGUAAAAAUUACCUGUUACACGUCGUGGCUACUGGUGGCUGACAAUGUUACUACCAUGUCAUCUGUGCAUGUCCAUUUACCACAGUUUAAUUCAAAGGUUUGGGAAAGAGGCCAUUUGCUUAUUACGACGCAGGACACAGCGUCAAUUCCCUCAAAAAGCUCUUUCGUUAAUCACAUUUCAGUAAGCGAAGGUAUGGAGCCCGAUGAUGCCCAUUCAUUAUUGUCCAAGCUUUCUGGUAUCCCAGAUAGCGAGCUGGUAGGAACAGUAGCACAAAGACUGGAUUACCAACCUCUUGCUUUAGCAGGCGCUGCCGUCUUUGUUAAAGAGAUUCGGCAGGACAAAGCAUCAACGCAUUUUGGGUGGGAGGAAUACCUAAAGAUCUUAGAAAAAGGCAAAAUACAGAAAACGGAGGAUGCACUUGUUGGCACCAAUCCAAUUUACCCAAAUUCAAUGACCAAAGCAAUAGCUUUAGCCGUCGAAAAACUGAUGGGAUCCGACAAAUUUCAAAAACACCUUUUCACUUUUCUUGCCCUCUGCGCUCCACGGCCAUUGAAAGUCGACAUAGCACUUACUUAUAUCAUGAACGCACAUGAAGAGUCUGAUGAAGCGGACAAAGAAUUAAUUCGCAUGAGAUUAAGAAGAAGCUCACUUCUGCUGAUGCAAGAUGAAGAGGGUGGCUGUUUUAUUCGACUUCACCAGGUUGUGCAUGAUGCUAUAAAAACUGUAGCAAAAGAGUGUGCAGAAAUCCAAAUCGAUGAGGUCGUUAGUGGGGUCAUUACAUCAUUUAACGAAUUCAUCGUCGCAACUCCACCAGAUAAUGAGCGACUAAACACCAGACACAUCGCUCCACAUUUGAAAGUUUUAACUAUAGUAACUGACAAAGUGUUUUUGCGAGAUAAUUUCUUUCAAGUUCAUGAUAAGGAGAUUUCCGGAAAAUGCGAAAACCUUGGAAGUAUUUGUGAAAUGCACUGUGAAUUCGAAGGAGCAAAAACAUAUUUUGAAUAUUCACUCAAAUUUAAGCUUCAAGAUCUCGGCCCAGAGCAUGUUGAUGUUGCAACAAACUACUUUAACUUAGCUUCAAUUUACAAGAAAUUAGGUGACUUUGAGCAAGCCAAGGAGUAUCAGGAACGUGCUCUGGACAUCCAAAUGAACAAGCUCGGCCCGGAACAUGUUAAUGUUGCAAGAAGCUAUAAUAACUUAGCCUCGAUUUACAAGCAUUUAGGUGACUUUGAGCAAGCCAAGGAGUAUCAGCAGCAUGCUCUGAACAUUGAGCUGGACAAGCUCGGCCCGGAAGAUGUUCAUGUUGCAACAAGCUAUAAUAACUUAGCUUUGAUUUACCAGUAUUUAGGUGACUUUGAGCAAGCCAAGGGGUAUCAGACACAUGCUCUGAACAUUGUACUGAACAAGCUCGGCCCGGAACAUGUUAAUGUUGCAACAAGUUAUAAUAACUUAGCUUUGAUUUACCAGCAUUUAGGUGACUUUGAGCAAGCCAAGGAGUAUCAGACACAUGCUCUGAACAUUGUACUGGACAAGCUCGGGCCGGAACAUGUUAAUGUUGCAAGAAGCUAUAAUAACUUAGCUUUGAUUUACAAGGAUUUAGGUGACUUUGAGCAAGCCAAGGAGUAUCAGCAACGUGCUCUAGACAUCGAACUGGACAAGCUCGGCCCGGAACAUGUUAAUGUUGCAAGAAGCUAUAAUAACUUAGCUUUGAUUUACAAGGAUUUAGGUGACUUUGAGCAAGCCAAGGAGUAUCAGCAACGCGCUCUGGACAUUGAACUGGACAAGCUCGGACCGGAACAUAUUAAUGUCGCAAGAAGCUAUAAUAACUUAGCUUCGAUUUGCCAGGAUUUAGGUGACCUCGAGCAAGCCAAGGAGUAUCAGCAACGUGCUCUGGCCAUUACAGCAGACAAGCACCGGCUCAACAAAACACCAAAUAAGGUACAUGAAGGACUGCUAACAGACGCAAAAAACUUUAUUAUGGAAAUUAUAUUUCUUCUAGAUAGAUUUUACGCAGUCUAUAAGGUUUAUCUCAUUGGUGUUGUGUUAAAAUUUGAAAGGCUGAAUUUUUCAGGUUUUUUUUUCACAACAGCAUAAGUUGUAUCUUAAACUGCGAGGAUCGUCUUUGCAUUUUUUCUUCCGCAGUUCCAAUAUAUGAAAUUCACAUAAUCUUUGUAAAUGAUUUUAAUUUGAUAAACUCCAGAACGUUUUACAUAUAUGAAUUAUGGAAUCGAUAUUUGGGACGCUGGUAAGACAUCUUAUGACUGUAACAGUUUCCGUUUACGCUCUACUCCUGCUUUCCUUAUCUUCAAGUUUCUUCUAAUGUUAGUCCUUGCAGAUUACUCAUGAAGAUGAAAGGCAUUUAUUACAAUCCAAGAAAGAAGAUGAUGACGAUGAGGAUGAUGAUAAAGGCAGUAGUAAGGAAGGUAAAGCAAAAAUCAUUGUU